UCUGCGACCUCUGCGUCACGCUCUGCGACCUCUGCGUUGUUCAUUAUCAACCCUCAGCUAAACCGAAGUCUCCGACGCCAUAUUGAAAUACGACAAUUGUUUUAUUCUAUCCGCGAAAACACCAACUUCUUCAAGAUGUUAUACUUGGAGGACUACCUCGAGAUGAUCGAGCAGCUCCCCAUGGACCUCCGCGACAGGUUCACGGAAAUGAGGGAGAUGGACCUGCAGGUUCAAAACGCCACUGACCAGCUCGAGCAGAAGGUCAUCGAGUUCUUCGUCAACGCCAAGAAGAACAAACCCGAGUGGAGGGAAGAGCAGAUGGAGGUCAUCAAGAAGGACUAUUAUAAAGCGCUGGAGGAUGCAGACGAGAAAGUACAGCUGGCCAAUCAGAUUUAUGACCUGGUGGACCGCCACCUGAGGAAGCUGGACCAGGAGCUGGCCAAGUUCAAGAUGGAGCUCGAGGCGGACAACGCCGGCAUCACAGAGAUCCUGGAGAGACGGUCUUUGGAGAUGGACAGUCCCGCCCAGCCGGUCAACAACCACCACGUCCACUCACACGCCACGGCUGAAAAGAGGAAACACAGCGCUCCGGUGCACCACACCACAGAGCACGUCCCGGAGAAGAAGUUCAAGUCAGAGGCUCUGCUCUCCACACUCACCUCGGACGCCUCCAAGGAGAACACGCCAGGUUGCCGCACCAACAGCGCCGCCCUGUCCACCAACAGCGUGUACAGCGUCACCACCUCCCAGCCGCUGGCCUCCUACAACCUCACCUCCCUCCCCGCCGGGGUGGGGGCCGGGGCCGGGGCCAUCACCAUGGCAGCCGCCCAGGCGGUCCAGGCCACCGCCCAGAUGAAGGACGGCCGGCGGACAUCCAGCCUGAAGGCCAGCUACGAGGCCAUCAAGAACAACGACUUCCAGCUCAACCGCGAGUUCUCCGUCUCCAGAGAGGCCACCACCUACCCCGCCUCCGCCCUGGCCUCCACCCUCACCCAGAACAUCACCCCCCCAUCCGCCUCCGAUUCCCGGGGCCGCAAGUCCAAAAGCGGCGUCAAGUCGUCGAGCCACCAGUCGUCGUCGUCCUCCUCCUCCUCCUCGCUCUCCUCCUGCUCCUCCUCCUCAGCGCUGGCCCAGGAGCUGUCCCAGCAGGCGUCCUCCCUGCCCGAGGCCGACCCCAACAGCCAGGUGGACUGGACCUACGACCCCAACGAGCCCCGCUACUGCAUCUGCAACCAGGUUUCCUACGGGGAGAUGGUGGGCUGUGACAACACAGACUGCCCCAUCGAGUGGUUCCACUACGGCUGCGUGGGGCUGACGGAGGCCCCCAAGGGCAAGUGGUUCUGUCCCCAGUGCACCGCCGCCAUGAAGCGCCGGGGCAGCCGGCACAAAUAGAGCUCAGCCCAGGUCCUCAUCGCCUCCACCCAGAAGCUGGGGACGGAGCGGGGGUGACGGAGCAGGGGGGGGGGUCACGGCCUCGGCGGUCCGGAGGGCGUCUCCACUCCCGCUCCCUGGCUGUGAAGCGCCGAGUGUAAAGAAACGUUCCUGUGCGCGUGUCGUCUGAUUCCAGGACCCGGUCCAAACCAAGAGUUAGAGUAUGUGUAUGUGUCCCAUGAGAAGAAUGAGGGUGUAAAGUGUGUGUGUGUGUGUGUGUGUGUGUGUCACUAGUUGUUCUGCACUGAUUGUGUGUGUGUGUAUGUGUGUGUGUGUGUGUGUGUGUGUGUAUGUGUUUUAGAAAUAUCAAGAUGUACAAUAAAAGGAUCCAGAUGUUUGGUA